UUAGGCGGGGCUCCGGCCCGCGGCUCUGCGGCAUCCGGAGAGGCUCCCCCUCAGCCGGCUGAGCGAGGUGGUGUGCUCCAGCCCGCAGCGCUAGCGGUCUCCGGGGCAGGCGGGUAGCUGGCUGCGGCACAGCGGCCCCGGCCCGCAACGAGCGCAGAGGGGCCCCGUUGUACCCCGCGCCUUCCGGCGCCGCCGCCGCCGCGAUGGUGGGGCUGCUGGUGGCGUUGCUGGCUCUCGCGCUUGCCUUCUUCGCUCUGCUGGACGGAUGGUACCUGGUGCGCGUGCCGUGCGCCGUGCUGCGCGCGCGCCUGCUACAGCCGCGCGUCCGCGACUUGCUGGCUGAGCAAAGCUACUCAGGACGCGUGCUGCCCUCGGACUUGGACCUGCUGCUGCACAUGAACAACGCGCGCUACCUGCGCGAGGCCGAUGUGGCCCGCGCCGCGCACCUGACGCGCUGCGGGGUGCUCGGAGCACUGCGCGAGUUGGGGGCGCACGCCGUGCUGGCCGCCUCGUGUGCGCGCUAUCGCCGCUCCCUGCGCCUGCUCGAGCCCUUUGAGGUGCGCACCCGCCUGCUGGGCUGGGACGACCGCGCCUUCUAUCUGGAGGCACGCUUCGUCAGCCUGCGCGAUGGCUUCCUAUGCGCACUGCUGCGCUCCCGGCAGCACGUGGUGGGCACCUCGCCGGAUCGAGUGGUGCAGCACCUAUGCAAGCGCAGGGUAGAGCCCCCGGAACUGCCGGAAGACUUACAGCACUGGAUUGCCUACAACGAGGCCAGCAGCCAGCUGCUCCGUGCUGAGAGUGGGCUCAGUGACACCAUCAAGGACCAGUGACCGCCACUUCUGCACCCCGCCUGCCCUGCCUGUCACCCUGUCCCACAGAAUGGACAGGCUGGCUGGGCUCCUAGCUGGAGUGGCUUUCUGACCCCCUUUACCCGCUUGACCCGCUCUCUGCUGGAC